UAAUCAAUGUAAUACAAAAAAAUAUAGUAAAAAUCAUAUCUCGAUUUUAUAUUGCGUAUGGAUACUGCAAAUAUACACAAUAUUUCAUUCUAAGACAAAAUAAUGUCCACAACCUAAGUGAUUACAGUCUUGUCGUUGACUAGUGCAUUACCAUUGUACGACAUGGCCGUCUUCAUGAUAAACAUCUGUAAAUUUAAUGGCUGUGGCAUAACAUUUCCAAGAUUAGCGGACUUAAUAGAACACAUCGAGGAUGUUCAUAUUGAUUAUGAUCCAGCAGUAGUCGAACAAAAAGAAGCAUCACAACCAGCAUGUAUUCCGCUAAGUUAUGUUCUGAAAUUUUUCACGGAGGCUUCACGGCGAGAAAAUCAAAACACGGCACCUGCACCCGAUGUCCGCCGACGUCUAUUGUCUGCUCCCAAAACACCAUCAGUCCGCAGCAGCACACCUACCGGGAGCGAAAUGGAUGAAGAUGAGCUGGUGAGUCCUUCGGAAGACAGCAAUGACUCAUGGACGACGGCCGAGGAGUACAGCUCAGAGUUCAUACUGCGAUAUGGAGUCAAAAUGAAUGCUAGCGCGUCAUCCGGUGCUUUGGGGCCCGCAGCACAAGAGAAACCCUUCGCUUGUCCAGUGCCCGGCUGCAAGAAACGAUACAAGAACGUCAACGGCAUCAAAUAUCAUUCCAAGAAUGGACACAAGAAGGAUGGCAAGGUAAAAAAGGCUUACAAAUGCCAAUGCGGCAAAAGUUACAAAACGGCGCAAGGGCUUAAGUCCCACUCAAUAUCUCAGCACAUCGCGGCGAGCCCGGCGGGCGCGGCCGACGCGCACAAGCUGGCGGUGGGCAAGCUGGGCGGGCUCGUGGUGACCAGCUCGCCGGCGCAGUCGCGCGCGCUCAACCUGCUGGACGCGGGCGGCGACAAGCUGGCGCGCCUGUACGACAGCCUCAAGCACAAGGAGCUGGCCGCCUUCAGCCUGCCGCGGCCCGCGCCCGCGCGCCCGCCGCCGCUGCUGACGCCGGCCUCCACGCCCGCCUCCACUCCCGCCACAACACCGGCCUCCACGCCGGGCUCGUCGCCCGUGGACAAGCUGAAGUUCGAGCGCAAGCUGCCGCACCUCGCCACCAUCUACAGCGCUGACGCCUCCAACUAACCGCGAGCUCAACCUUAACGAAACGAAUUAUUUAGUCAUUAGCAUAGUUUGAAAAUGCAGUUCCUAUAUUCAAAAAAUGAGAAAAAAAAUGUUCAUUUUCUUCAUAUUAUUUUGUUGAUGUAGACUCUCAUUGAAGGUGUUCUUGUGUAUUAAUGAUUGAGCUUGUGCAUGCUUUUAAUUUUUUUUUCAUACGUUGCACAAACGAUUCCCAUCGCACCUUCGACCAAAGAGGUUUAAUGAUUGUUUCUCAAAGAGAUAGGAGAGUUAUUUAUUUGUUUUGUUUGAGAUUUUUAUGUUGAUUAGUUCGUAUGUAUAAGUUAUUGGAACGCUAAUUUUUUUAGUAUAUUUUUUUAUUAUUACAUGGAGAUGCGGUGGAGCCGAGUAUAUUCAGCUGAUGAAUAUACAUUUUUCAAAAUAUAUGGAAUAUCUGUAGUCCUUAACGUGUAAUGGACUUAUAUACAUUAGCUACGUGUUGUUUGUCUCCACUGUGUCUCGUGGAUAAAGGCUGUGUGACCUGUCGAGCUCCGCCUUAUGUAUCGUACGAGAGGCAGGUCGUACAAAUAUGUAUGUAAACGGUCACGUGUAUAAGUAGCUACCUUAAUAUAUUGGUGUCUUCCCUCUGCCCUAUAAUUGUAUAAAUUUCUGUGAUCUCCAGGCGUCGGGGGCUGAUAUAUUCAAAGUGCUUCCCGGCGGUUUUAUACGUUGUAUGAUGUCCCUUCGUAUCUCUUUGUGCCAUUACUUCUAACAUGUGUACUUAAUCGUAAUUCACGCGUAACGCUUUACGUUAAAAUUGUUUCUCAUAAGAUUCACUGUUAGAUUUUGUAAAUUAAGAAAAAAAAGCAAAGAAAAAUAGCGUUCACCUUAGUUAUCGUUUCAAAGCUAGAAUAAAGGACAUACUCGUUAAUGUGAUAUGAUAUUUAGAGAAAAAAGUAAAAAAAAAGCUUAUAAGCGUACACGUAUUUAAAAUGUAAACUUAGUAGUUAAGGCUGGCAAUGUUUAUUUGUAUGAUAAAAUGUGUUAGUGUGUAUCUAGGUUUGGUGCCUUUUGGAUUUUUUGUUACGAUUGUUUGAUUGGUUUCGCAGUUGACUGAUAGUUAAGUUCCACUCGGAGCACUAGAUUAAUCCCACAGUGGAACGCUUUGUAUUUGAUGUGUAUCAUGACAUGUAUACUCAACGGAAGGUGAAGGUGAUCGUUACUCCCAUUAUCAAACUUUUCGGUCAACAAAAGGAGCUUAUUGUAAAGAGAAUGAUACGAUUACGUAUCAAGUGACUGGUUUAUUUUUCUACUCUUAAUAUAAAAUUGAUACGUAAUUUAGUAACAAAUAGAAAGUUCCUACAGAAUAGUUUAAAUUAAAAAAAAGCCUGACAAGGUGGUUGUAGAAACAGAUCUGCUUAUUAUAAAAAUGAUUGCAGUUCAAACCACAAGAAAAUCUACGUAAUCGUAUCAAUCACUAUAAGACAUAGUUAGGUAGGAACUAAAAUAUUCUCAAAAUAUAUCGUCGAUUGGAAAAAAACGUUCGGAUUUGCUGGUAAGCCAGGAAGAAAUGGUUCAGGUGCUAUGAAAGUAGUGAUUGGGCAUAGACUGCAAAUUAAAUAUGUAUAAGUAAUAUGUAUGUAUUGUCAGUUCCAAAGCGAAAUUAUAAAUAUAGUUGUACGGUCACGGUGCUUAACGGGUAAAACGUGUGAUAUUUGGAUUAUAAAAGUAUGUUAUAGUGUGACUACCAAAGAAACGACAUUUCAAACCUACGAUAAGUAUUUAUUCUUUGUUCGAUACAAAACACACAGUUCCUUUAACGAACGAUUUGAAAUAAUAUUUCUUUGUCAUUCGAAGCACGAUUGCUUGCAAAUAAAUAUUUAUUUUACUCCUACAGCCUUACAUACUGGAGGCAAGUGGAGUCCUUUUUUCGAUUAGAUCAAAUAUUCGUGUAUAUUAAAUAUUUUUUUCGCUUUUGUAGUGGUAUUUGAUCAUGGGUAGGAAAAGAGAGUUAAGAUGUCACAGAGGUUCAACAAGAUUAAAAGCUACCGUACUGAAUACUUAAUAAGCCUCCAUUUUAACCAAAACUUAGUUUCGCCCAUGAAUGUAAUUGAUAUGACUUGGGAUAAAGGCUGCAAAGAUUUUCGCGAAUCGAUUCGAGUCACGCGCCCGCCAUGUUGCGGCCGGCUCGGGAACUAACGACGGUUACAUUUAAAUUUGUACGUUGUAAUGCUAUCCGCUAAGUUAGAUAUACAUAGUAUAUGUUGUGUCACUUGCCAUUGUAUGAGGCAAUUAUAUUUAAGAUGAAUGGAGAGGGAGCAAGAUUCUCUUUUGUCUAUUUUUUAUUUUCAAAGAAUAUUUAUUUAGUUAUACCCCAUAUUAUGUUUAAGUCCUGUUCGAAAUAUUUAUGAUCAUUGUGUAACAGAUUUUUUUGUUUUAAGUUCAUCCGUCCUCGCUAUUAACUUCAUUCAACAGGCUGUUAGCUCGUGUCACGAGGGUCCGUGAUUACCAUCAUUUCAUGCAUGUUUUAGUUUAAUUUAAUUUCGUUUAGGAAUAAAUUGUAAACGUAUUACUAUUUAUCCGUAGUUAUUAUACAGAGUGUCCGGAUUAUUGUUUGUAUUAUCGACAUUGCUUGGAAGCUGCUGUGCUGGCUUCGCAACCAUUAGCUUUGUUUAGGUGUACACAUGGACUUGGCACUGUUCGCUCUUAUGAAUGAUAAACGCUGGCUAAGUAUGUGUGCUAUGUCGAUAUCUGCCGGAUACUGCUCAUUUUUUUUUUAUCGUUAUCGUCGGUAUAGUUUCAUUGAACAUUGUUAGUCAUGUUUAAUUUAAGACUGAUAGUUGGAAUAUAGAUAUUGUUUCCUUAAUUUAUUUUGUGUGCAUACGUAGAAAGACAUUUUUUUUACUGUGAGGAUUUGCAAUGUACCUAACUAUAGUAUGACAAAAUGUUAUAAUAACCAAUAUAAAAUGUUUAAGUUAGGAUUGUGCCGACUUGUUUUAUACUUAUGUUUCGCUUGUUCGAUCAUUCAAUUAACUUGAUCACGCAUCAUCAAUGUGUUUACUUUUUAUAACGACUAAAAGUUAAAUAUUCUCACAGAAAUAACAUGUCUCAAAGACAGAUGUGAUCGGCACAUACCUACAGGUAACAAGCGACAUCCAAUGUCCCUAAAGUAGGUUUAAAUUUUAUUUAUACACUAAUUGUUGUCUAGUCUACAAAGAGUUGAUAAUUCAAUAUGAAAGAGAUUGAAAUCUGUGUGUGUCAAUUACGAAAUGACCAAUUUUGAACUUGUUGAUAAGAGUGAAUAAAAAAAUUUGGAGGAAUUUUCUAAAAUUGAUAUUGAAAUGUACACAGAGUUAAACGCGUGUUGAAUAUUUCCACUAUAUUAUUGAUUCAAAGCUCAAUGAGUGUUUCCAUACGACUGUCGAACCAUUUGAUUUUGUAUAUGUUUAGUUUGAUCUGUUCAUGGUUGUGAAUAUUGUAUAACAUGUGUCGUGUAGUCGGUGAGGUCGCCAGUUGUAGCGACAUCGUCUCACACUCGCAUUAUAUAUACAUUACAAAGUGAUUGAAAAUUGGCCUUAUUAUCGAAGUGUAUGUCUCAAUUAUUUAUGCUUUUAGAAGCUUAAAUAUUUGAAGAAAAUACAACAAAAUUAUAAAUAGUUCACGUAUGACGUAUGUACGGUGUCGCUAUACAUCGAUGUUCAGCUCGACCGCUGGCUCAGUGUUGCUUAUUAUGAUAUGCGCAAGCGCAGAUGUAUAGUCACCGGCUCUCACGAGAUUUUUAUAUAAACGUGAUCGCUAUGUAUACCAAUACUUACAUAUAAUCUGGUUUGAAUGACCCUUGACUGAGAUAUAUGCAUAACGAGUACCUUUUUAAAUUACUGUAGUGUAAGCUCUGCUCUGCUAUGCUAGGAGUCGAGGGCAUACCAUUGUAAUAUCAAUAUUAGUGUUGUCUUUCUAGUAUUUGUGUCGUAAAAUUGGGACUUAGCACGUUGCUGAUAGUACCCUCCCAUGUAUUACCGAUGUCAUUGUAUUGGACAACUGCAAGUGUAUUUCAUGUAAUGCUACAUUCAUGAUUGUUUCCAUCUCUAUAAUAAAAGAACGGCAACCAUA